AUGUCGCGCUCUAACAUAGUAUAUCUACCAGAAUCCAUAUGUGAUCUCCAAAAUCUGGAGACUUUGAAACUUAAACAUUGUAACCAGCUUCGUAAGUUGCCCAAACGCAUGAGGUAUAUGAGAAAUCUCGUAUACCUAGACAUUAAAGGGUGCCAUUCUCUUAUUUCUAUGCCUCCUAAAUUGGGACAACUAACUUCCCUACGAAGACUAAGCAUAUUCAUUGUGGGCCAAGCUGAGGGUUACCGUAUUGGCGAGCUGAAAGAAUUAAAUCUUGCGGGGGAGCUGGAAAUGAAGAUACUUGAUAAUGUAAGAAGUCCAGCGGACGCCGAGAAUGCCAAUUUGAAGAGGAAACAUGAUCUUGUUUCUCUGAAUUUAAGUUGGGAUUAUCACAAAGAAGAAAACUUACCCAGUGAUGUUGAAGGGGUGCUUGAGAGUCUCCAACCUCACUCGAAUCUGAAGAAGCUGAGAUGUGAACAACUUCCGCCUCUUGGGAAACUACACGUCCUUAAAAUACUCAAUAUCACUGGAAUGCGUUCUGUGAAGUGCUUCGACCCUGAAUGUUAUGGAGAUGGGGAAAUUUCAUUCCAGGCACUAGAGAUACUCGAUCUUCUAGAUAUGCGGAGUUUGGAGGAAUGGACGACAAUGGAUAGACAAGAUGUUUUCCCGCGCCUACAAGUGUUGAGUUUAUGGGGCAGCCCCAAGCUAACUAAUUUGCCUGCCCUUCCAACACUUGAGAGUUGGCAGAUACAUGGCAGUGAAAUGUUACUCGAGUCGGUGAAUAAUCUGACUUCGCUUUCCUCUCUUUCAAUAGGCGACUUCCAGUUGGAGAUUCUUCCGCAUGGAUUGUUUCAAAAUCACGAGGCCUUGGAGUCCCUAAUGAUACAGUCUAUGCCCAAUAUCGAGACUCUGCAAAAUCAGAUGUCUGGUUUGUCUUCUCUAAAGCGAUUGAAACUUAAUUGCUGCCGUAAAAUAGGAAAUUUGACAGGACUCGAAAUCCUAAACUCUCUGGACUCACUUGAUAUAAUGGGUUGUGAUAGUCUUACGGACCUUAAGGGCUUGGAAGGCUUAACUUCCCUCAGAUCCUUAUAUAUUCGACACUGUCUCAAGCUAAGGUCGUUAUCGGAGGGAAUGCAACAUCUGACGCUACUCCGAGACUUGCAUAUCAGUGGAUGUCCAGAGAUACAAUCUUUUCCAGAAGGCAUGCGAAAUUUGAAUUCUCUCCAGCGUAUGGCGAUAUCGGAUUGCGAAGGAUUAAUUACUCUACCAAACUGGCUAGGAAACCUCCAGUCGCUAUCAUACUUAGAGAUUCGGCGUUGUAGUAAUCUGAGGUCGCGGUGCAAGAAAGAGAGUGGCGAGGAUUGGCUGAAGAUAGCUCACAUACCCAAUAUUUGGAUCAAGGACGAUUGA